AUGUCAGGCUUGGAGGCUCUGGGGAUCGCGGCUAGCAUCAUUCAGGUUGCUGACCUUGGUACUAAAUUGUCGGUCAAGCUCUUUUCUUUCUAUCGGGAGCUUAAAGGUGCCAAUGAAUCCAUCCAAAAUCUAUCCAGCGAUGUUGCAAUUACCUCUGCCAUUCUACGCGAGCUAGGAGAGAGCUUGAAAGAAGAUGAACAGGCAAAACUAUAUUCAAAGACCGCAUUCGAAACCCUAAGGGAUGUGUUGAUCCAAUGCGAAGAUGUUCUAAAGCAAAUCCGUGCCAUGACCAAGUAUAACGACUGUUCAGAAAAGACCCGACUCCAGCAAAUAACCGAAAGGUUUCGACAAGUACUACUUGAACCAAGUCUGGAUCCGCUUAAGGCCAAUUUGAAGAGGCUGAAGUCAACGAUGCUCCUUUUGCUAAAUGUUAUAAUGUACGCUGGGCAAAUACGGAGCAACAACGCCCCGGCAAUGCUCCGAGAACAGCGUGACUUUAUAAAAUCUCUUCUAGAAGAAAAACAGAAAAAUGACACCAAGAUUAUGGCUACGCCAAACCAUGUCACAAUAAACAUGUCUGCUGAUUCUUACGGCAACCCCUGGAGAAACGGUGAUUCGAAAAAUGAGGAGCCAUCCGAUCUUGAUGAGUACAGCCUUCUCAUGCAAAAGAUGCUCCAAGAAAUCAACUCUUGUAAAACCCGACUUGAACAGAAUCGCCACUCAAGAAUCAGAAGUGGAGUUCUAAAUAUACAUUCCAGGGAGAUCCUGCAAUUCCAAUUACAGCACGGUCAGUCAAUUAUUCAGCGCUUCGACCACUCCCUUUUCGUGUACGUAUCAUGUCUUUUUAUGAAUCUCCAUAUCGACGACGAGACUAAUAUUCUCACCUGGGCAGUGAGGAGGUACCUGUUGACCCAAGGCCGAAAUUUGACCCAGGUUUGA